AUGUCAGGCCUCACGGUUAACUCGAUUCCCGCUACGAAGAGAAUAGAAUAUAUGCGAAAGGCAAACGAGGCGCUAUACCGACAAAGCGGACCCUGCCCUUUCGCCGCGUUUGGCACUAUUAUCGUGAACCAUACUAGUGAUGAAGUCGUCUGCGAGGGGGCAAACUUCAGGACCGGAGAUCCGACAAAAUACGUCUACGGAACCACGAUCCAGCAUAACUACAACGUCGGCUGGGGCGUGAUGACUCUCAGCAGCUACGACGUCUUCCAGCAGUCUCGCCAGCUCCCCGGCUAUCAGACCGUCAUGCUUGGACAGAUCCUGACCAACGAGACGGACCCUCUGUUUUCAUGGCAGUACAACGGAAGCGCACCUUGCCCUAACGGAUGCUUCCGAGUUCCCAGCGCCGCGAGGGGUGGAACCACGUGCUCAAACGUGACUGUAUCUCUGAGGGAUUACGAGGCCUUGUGA